UUUUAAGAUGUUAAUAAAAUAUAUCUGCUAGUUGUUCUUUUUCUUUUUGUAAGACUAUUCAUUUAUUAUUAAAUAUUUAUUGAGAAAGACUCAUUUAAAACAAGAGUAAUUGUCAAGCGAACUACAUUUGUGAAUAGACGAUUAUGCAACAUUAUUUGCCAUGAUACAAAGGUUGGGAUUAAGAAAUUGAAAGAUUUCUAGUCCCGAGAUAUUGUUCCUUUAAUAUGAAGCAAGCAAAAAAUAGGACAGAUACGAACUAGCCACUUGUUUUUCUAUCGACCAAGCUUAAACAGAAUCACCUUGUGGUGUUACCAUUUGUUGAAUCCGUGAAAACCCAGCCCUCCGCCAUUGUUAUUUUUUAAUAAACAUUCUGUUAUUUUCGAGUGAAUCUAUUUACCUUUUGUGGUAGGUUUCUCGUUUGCUGAAGUCGAAUUGGUUUUCAUCAUUCCUACCCAACCUGCCACCGAACUACGGGAUUUUGCUCCACCAUAGUGGAACAGAAAACUUUUGCUCCCCUGCAGGAUGCCACCUCAAAAAUAUCAUUGCAAUGUAUGUGCACAAGAUAUAACGAGGAUGAUUCAUAUUAGGUGUGCGGAAUGUGCCGAUUUUGAUCUGUGUAUUCCUUGCUACACUUCUGGAGCUUCCCUUGGUGAGCACCAACCAAGCCAUCCAUAUCGUAUUAUAGAGACAAAUUCUUAUCCUAUUUUUACAGAAGACUGGGGUGCAGAUGAAGAACUUCUGCUCAUUGAUGCGUGUGAGACGCUGGGCUUGGGAAAUUGGGCAGAUAUCGCCGAAUAUGUUGGAAAUGGACGUACGAAAGAAGAUUGUAGAGAUCAUUACAUAAAUACAUAUAUUGAAACAAAUAAUUAUCCUCUUUCUAAGAGCGAAUUUGAUGGACCCAUUGACCGGAUAGCCUUCGCUGAGCAAAAGCGGACUCGCAUGCAAAAAUUCGAACCCCCUCCUGUGAUUCCUCCAAAACCGCUAGCCUCUACACCACAAUGUCAUGAAAUCCAGGGCUAUAUGCCUGGCCGGUUGGAAUUUGAUCAAGAGUAUAUGAACGAAGCCGAGGUCUCUGUCAAAGAUAUGAACUUUGAAGAAGAUGCAUCAGAAUCCAAACAACAGGAAGAUUAUAUUAAGCUUACGAUGAUGAAUAUUUAUAAUUCUCGUUUAAUAAGUCGUGCAAUACGGAAACAAGUCAUCUUUACCCAUAAUUUAUUAGACUACCGAAGAUUGCAAGCUAAUGAAAAACGUCUCUCUAAAGAGGAGCGUCUCUUACUUAAUAGAACUAAAGCAUUUGCUCGCCUGCUUUCAGCUGAAGAUUAUCGAAAAUUUUUGCAUGGGCUUUUUGAGCAAGUUGCCCUUGUAAAACGCAUUCAAGAGCUUCAGGAAUGGAGACAGAUGGGACUUACUAGUGUUGAACAAGGUGCUCGUUAUCAACGCGAUAAAACACAGAAGAUGCUGAUUAGCAGAGCUACUAGCGGUUUACUUCGUCAAAAUAAACCCAUACAUUCUUCUGCUCCGCCAAUCCCUUUUCAGAUUCGGGAUAUUCAAAAAUUUGUCAAACAACCUAUUCCUGUCCCUUCAUUUCCUACUUCUGCUGAUCGUCAUCUUCUCUCCGAUGAGGAGCAUUCAUUAUGUCUUCAGCUACAAAUUUUUCCAAAACCUUUUUUGGCAUUAAAAUACGCUUUAAUUUCUGCCUCUCUUCUUCUUGAUAAACCUUUUUCCAAAGACGACGCUGUUCAACUAUUGAAGCACAUUGAUCACUCAAAAGUUGAACAAAUAUACGACUUUUUUAAAAGGUCAAAUUGGAUUAUUACUCCAUAAUUCGCACAGAUUCCCCUAUUUAAUGUUUUAAUUUUCCUUUCGUUCUUUUGGUCAGAAAAGUGUCAAUUUCUUUUGGAUGCAAACCUCCCUUGUAUAUUUAGUUCUAUCAUUUUUUUACUGUCUGUUAAAUAGUUUACUUUGCAAUGCAUAUAGAUUUUAUACAUAAUUAUCUUCUUCCUACUGUCCUUCAGCAAAAUGUAUGAUACUCC